AUUGAACCCACAACGUUGAAGGGAGUCACGUCCAAAGGUCGCUCUUUCUCAUGAAUUUCCGUGAAAUUCUAAUAUCUUUUGAUAGAUAAAGUUAUGCGAGUAUGUUUUCUUUGCGUUUUAGUCUAGCAUCGCGUGUGCUUAGCUUUGGGACAAAAGCAAAUCAGCUUUAUUCUGUCAACAAAAUUGGCAACCACCAUGCAGCAACAAAUGUAUUGUUACGUAACAAGUCACGUGAUUUAUGGACAGCCAAUCAACAGGACGACUUAACUAAAGCAUUAUCAGAUGCAGAGAAGCUGGUUGGCUACCCAACUUCUUUCCUGAGCUUGCGUUGCCUGCUCAGUGACGAACUAUCAAAUAUUGCAAUGUACAUGAAGAGGCUUGUCGGCAGCCGACACCCGCUAGUGAAGACAGCACGGGGCUUUGUGUAUGACGGGCAGUACAGCAUGCAGACUAGAGGUCUGUUGGUAUUGCUGGUUGCUAAGGCAGCAGCUCCUUGUCUCCCUAGCAACAAGGUGUCAAUGGAGCACGAGGCAGUUUCUGGGAUUUUCCCAGGACAGAGGCAAAUAGCUGAGAUCACAGAAAUGAUUCACACAGCAUACUUGAUUCACAAUGGAGUGGUUGACUUGGCAGCAGUUCCUACUAAAGAAUUCAAAGACAUGGAGUUUGGAAACAAAAUGAGUGUGUUAACUGGUGAUUUUCUACUUGCAAAUGCUUGUACUGGAUUGGCUGCUUUGAAUGAUACCCAAGUUGUUGCCAUGAUCUCCACGGUGAUCAGUCAUCUGAUGGAAGGUCGUGUCAUGAGCUCUGAGUAUAACACUUUAACUCUUGACUACUGGAAGGAGAUAGUGUUCAAAAGCAAAGCAAGUCUGCUGGCUAACAGUUGUCAAGCUGCUCUCAAACUAUUGUCACAUUCUACAGAGUUACAAGAGAAAGCUUAUGAAUUUGGAAAGAACAUUGCCUUUGCUCAACACUUGAAGGAAGAAUUAGAAAACUUACAAAGCAACCAGCCGGCCAUGACCCUUAAUAGUGCAUCUGUUAUCCUUAGUCUUGCUGAACCACAAGUACAAAAAAUGGUUAAAAAAGUCAGAGAAAACAGCAAUCCUAUCAAAAAUGAAAGACUCGGCAGAAAAAUUAUGGAACAUGUAAUUGCUGGUGAUGCACCUCGGCGUAUGAAAACCCUUUUGAUGGAAUAUAGUCAGGGUGCUCUGGAUGCAGUCUUAUAUUUCCCUGAGUCUGAGGCUAGACAGGCCCUUUUAAACAUAAUCCGAACUGUACAUCCCUGACAUGAAUAGCAUGAUGGGAGUUUUUAACAUAGGCUUUAGCCUAGCAAGAUUAUGACAACAGAAAAAGAUCCAAUUAUUAAAAAAAAGCACAUCAUGAA